UGGGGGUGCGGCUUGGUGGUCCGUGUCCCGGUGGUGCGCGAGUGGUGGCGUGACGUCAUAGUGUCACAGGCGUUGUCAGCCAGAUGAGUCUGGGCCACCGUCUACGAUAAAAGCACGACGCAAUGCCGGCGUUUAUGGCGGGGAUAGGUAGACAGACACAAUAUCAAGACAAUCAAUGUCAUCAUCUUUGAUUCCGACGGUUACCGGCAAGCUCCACCUCCGAGUGGUCUCGGCCAACAAUCUCAUACCGAUCAAGAAGUUCCGCGACUCGGCCAACCCGUACGUUACGGUCUCGAUUCCCGAGGCCGGGAUCAAGUACACGACAGCGACAGUGCGAUCGACGACCGAGCCAGUGUGGCAGUUUGCGGAUGCAUCGGCCGAGCUUGGCCCGUUUGUCAAGGCCUCGACGCUUCGGUUCGACGUUCACCACUCUAAGAUCCUGCUCGCCGACGCGGAGCUCGGCUCUGCGACGAUGAACCUCGACCAGCUGCGGGAGCUUCCGCCGCGAUCGCACCUCACGAUCGGCCUCGAGCCGCCGCUUGAUCGGCCUACCGAGACCGCCGGCUCGAUCACGUUUGAGUUUACGCUCGAGCCGUUUGAGGUGGCGAACGCCGAACUGUUGAGUUGCAAGCCGCUGGCGCAGUCGCUCGAGACCGGCUCGGACGAUGCGCCGUUUGUAUUUGGCUCGCACGACUACGAGGAGAAUAUGGUCUUCUUUACCAGCAGUGUUCCGGAUCGAGUGGUUUCCGGCGCCGCAGCGCUCAUGAGCACCCGGCUCGGCGUCGAUGUGGAGAUGUCCGAGCGCAACGGGCAGAUCUUUGCGGAGCUUCCCCGGAAGCUCGACCGCGACGGGACGCGGGCGGUGGCCUUUGCCGCGACCAUCGACGCGGCGCUAAUGCACGGCUUCCGGGUCAAGUCCGGAGUCGGCCACGGGUCGGCGGCCUCGGGCGUUAUCUUUGUGCCAGACUCGGGCAUCGACCGGCCCAAGCCGACGCUUGUGCUCGAGAUCUACGACAAGCGCACGAUCCGGGCCAACGCGCAGCUGCUCAAGUAUCUCGGCCUCGAGUUUGUGGAUGCACUGCGGCAGCGCGGGCUGGAGCCAAAGGACGACUCGGGCUUUGUCUUUGACGAUUGCGGACGGUACGGAGAGUGCGUGUUGAGCAACGGUGCAUUCAGUGACAUGAAGCAUGCGCCGACGCAGAUCGGAUACGUUCUCGACGCGCUCGCGCUGUUCGGCCUUGUUCUCGAGGCGGUUGCCGGGCGCAGCCUCUUUGUCCUCCGCCCGCACACGCCAUCGAUCCACGGCAAGACCCUCGAUCCGAUGCCGACGCUGGUCGUGGCGGGCAAUCCGGACGCUGGGCUCGCCGGGCUUUCCAAGACCGCCGGCAGCGAGAUGGCCGAUCGGCUCCAGGCUGCUCUGCCCGGAACCGGGCGGAUGCAUCUCGCGGACGACGGACAGACGGCGGCGCAGACGGCAGUGAUGAACGGGCCACAGCAGACCGACAUUGUGCGCGCGGCACAGGAGGUGUCGGGAAGGCGAGUUCUUGUCGGCGGUGACGAGGGGGGCUGAUCGCGGUGGCGGGCGCCGAGCUCGGGCGCGGGUCCGACGAGAGCUUUGACGCGGAUGGUCUUCUCCGGCUUGUCGCCGAGGAGCUGGGCAAGAACGAGCACGUGACGCUCGGGCUCGACGAGCUCCGACACAAGGUCCACAGCGGCGGGUCGGCGUUCCGGAUGGUGCAUCCGAGGGUGGAAGAGGUGUACGAGGUCGGAGCGACGAUUGCGCAGUGCCUGCCCGAGGUGGGGGUCGGCGGCGACGAGCACUUUGCGGGGAUGUGGUAAAGAGAUCGCAGCGAGGA